AUGGCUCAAUCUCAGGGACUCAAAAGUUCCCGGGGUGUUCGUGGAGGGCGUGAGAGUGCACGUGGCGGUCGAGGGAAACUAGAGACCUUUGGCAGGACGUUUUACAAAAUGAACGAGAAAAAGAAGAUUAUUCAUUUCACCCCGGCCACAGACAUUUUGCUGCUCAGGGAGGUGCUUGCAACCAACCCAUUCGAGUCGGUCGGGUUAUGGGACAAAGUUGCUGAAAAUGUCAACACAGCACUGGUCAAAACGGGGAGUAGUGCCUCUGUCACUGCGAGAACGGUUCGUGAGAGGGCUCAGCGGCUCAUGCAGAAGCACCGGGCAAACGAAAUGAAAUCACUUAGAAAAACCAAUGAAGAAUAUGAGGAGAGGGAGCAGAUCCUUACUGAACUCAUUGAUUUAGAGAGGGAAAGCCGAGAAAACCUGGAAAAACAGAAAGAAAAGAACAAGCAGAAAAAUAAGUCCGCCGGCGAUUGUCGGGAAGCUGGAUUACUAAUACGCAAGAGAGCACUUGAAGCGCUUAAACCUGAAAGCCCAAAGGCAUCCACAUCGGGAGGAGCAGAUGCAAGUGAUGACGAAUUGGUGCCCGAAAUUAAGCCCGCAGAAAAAAAGCCGAAGAAGAAAAAGGUCGAUCCGAUUGUGGAAAUCAUGGAACGAAAGAUGGAUUUGGAGGAGAAGAGCGAGGAAAGGAUGGGAAAAGAAUUGGAAGAAAGACAAAAAGAGCGGGUGGAGAGGAUGGAAAUCAUCAGACUUUUGAUGAAUAAACAGAAUGCAAAAGACUAA